CCCUGAAUCAUCGGCGCCAUUUGGCAACUCCAUCCCUUUAAAAGAAACAAGUUUUACAUAGUUGGGAAGCAAAAAUUAACGCCCUUUCUAAUCCAACUACUUCUCAUCGGCGAAGGAGAGAAUCUGGGAACAUCAAUGGCGGAUUCGAUCGGUGAACGCUCCUACAGUUGCCAAAAGUGCGGGAACCGCGUAUCAAGAAAUGACGACAUUAUUUCCAAAAGCUUUCAGUCGAAGAAAGGAAGAGCUUUCUUGUUCUACGAAGCAAAGAAUGUGGCAAUGGGGCCUCAGCAGGAGAAGAUGUUCAUAACAGGCCAAUACGUUGUUUCUGAUGUAUUUUGCAGCGACUGUGGGGAGAAGUUGGGUUGGAAAUACAUCAAGGCUUAUGACCAAUCGCAGAAGUAUAAAGAAGGCAAAGUGGUAUUGGAGAAGUUCAAGAUUACAGAUGAAGAUUCCUAAUUCCUAAUUGCUUCUUACUUUUUUUGUUUUUGUUUUUACUGCUCAAACUUGAGUUAUUUUAUGUUUCUCUGUACAUAUCCGUAAAUGGGUCUCCAAUUCAAUGUUAAACAUAAACAUAACAUCACUUGAUUUCAA